UCUCAGAAUUCUUUUUCUUUUUCGUUUGUUUCUUUCAUUGUUUUACACGUGGCCCUUAUACUCUUAUACCCAAUACUCUUCCGUAAGAACUAAUAUAUACAUAUGAUAAAACCUGAUGUUUUAUUUAAGGCGCGGUGUACGCGCGGUCAGGUGACGUCACUGACGCAGUUGCCAGCAGCAGCUGGGAGCUGCGCAGCCGCUCUGCGCAUCCGUCGUCUGUAGUGUUGGACAGAGCGCAGCCAUUUCCCUGCCCCUCUUUGUGUUUUUUUUAAAAAACCCAAACACUCACAUGGUGUCCUGGCGUCUGUCCAUCACGCACCUGAACUAACCUUGUGUGCGGGGGUCAUGAUUUCAGCUGAAGCCCGCGUCACCGACUGACAGAUCCGCGGCCUCCAAACUUUCUCCGAAAUCAACGCCUGCGCAGACGAACUCUCCUUCUCUCCAGCGCUCAGCUUCAUGUCGUCGCCUCUGUGUGUGCGAGAUGGAGAGGAACCUGCAAGGAAGCCUCGCAACAAUGCAUGUGAAGACUGAAGCGGGGGAUGAAAACACAUCCGCGCCGGAAUUGUGCAGCCAGGAGCCGCCUGCACGCAGGGGAGGAGGAGGAGGAGGAGGAGGAGUGGUGGAUCAGACUGCAGAGGAGCUGCAGGCAGCCGCGACAUCCACUCCUGUGCUGCUGUAUCCUGUGAGCACUGAGAGGUUCUUCACCACAACAGGAGAUGGAAAAACCUUCCUGAAGAUAGCUCCAGCUUCAGUGAUGCCGCCUGCUUCUUUGGAGAAGACACUUCCCUCUGGCUCAGACUUCUCCUCCAAAGCUGUUCUGUGUCUGAUUGAGGCCGUCGGCCGCCGAUGGGGCCUGUAUGAAACCCGGGAGCGCUCGCAGCUCUUCCAGAGCGUCCAGGAAGAGAUGGCCUCCAAGGGGCACGUACUUCCUGUUGAGAAGAUCCGUCGCAAAUGGAACAACCUUAUUGUCACGUACAAGAGGGUCAAGGACCGCAGCCGGGAGACGGGGCAUGCAAAAACCUCAUGGGAGUUCUUUGACUUGAUGGAUGCCACGCUCUGUGACACUGUCGGCUCUCAGAUCCUCAACAGCAAAAGACACAAAGGUGGCAACUCUGCCUCUACGUCCCCCUGUCCUUUGGCAAAAAUUGCUGCAAAACCACAGCUUCCCCAGGCCACAACCAUUGUCCGACAGAACAGUGACUUUGCAGUCCCCGGUGGUUUGGAGUCAGCUGGUCAGGGAGCUGCCACCAAUCAAAUCAUCGGUAGCACUGCUGCGAUGACCACAGUGGCUACGGCGACCAUUAGCCCUACAAGUGCUCCAGAGGUCAAGCCCCUCAUCGUCCUCAACGGUGACAUUGUUACGACCAGUAUUCAUCCAGCUCCCAUCAUGCCAUCUCCAUCUUUUAUCUCCUCACCUUGUUUUACGGAAACAGCCUCCUCUUCUCCUUCCCUUGGAUCACCUGGUCACACAGACCUCAACACGUCACACUGUGUAGGCCGUAAAGCUCCGUCCUUCUCGACGGGUGUCAUACCUUUCCGUCUCAAUGCGGCACCAGCUAGCAACAAUCAGAAACUCCUUGGCCUCUCGUCCUCUUUCCCACCUGUAUCCCCCUGCCUCACGUCAUCUGCUGCCACCACAUUACCUGUAGUGUCAGGGAGUGAAGCAGCGAACCAGAAGAGAAGCGAGGAGCAAAGCAGCGUGUCUCUGCUCCACGCGAUCCUGAAGGGGCAGGAGGAGCAAGUCUACCAGGACCAAGUAGCUCGCCGCAGGGUUGAAGCCAGAGAGAAGAGGCGUGAGCGGAGGGAGGUGCGCAUGGCGGAGGCCCUCGGAAGGAUAGCCACGGCUCUUGAGCUGCUAUCGUCCAAACAGGACACAGUCAUUGCCCUCCUGCAGAGACUGGCUGAUCGGAAGUGAUAUCCACUGAAAGGCUAGAAACAGAAGCUCAGUAACCUUUUUACCGUCUACAGACCAUAGUGAUGAAAACCAUCUGGUACUCGGACAUCAAACAAAGCAGAUUUAAUAAAAAAAGAUACUAACUGCUCACUUUUCUUCAUUAAGAAUAAGCGAAAUGCUGUGUUUGUUGUUGCCCUGGCAUCUAAUAAACCUUCUCAAAGGGACAGUUCAAAGGUUAAUUACAAUGUUUACUGUGUAAUGAAGUACAUUAGUUUUGACCGUAGUAGUAUAAUACUCAUUCCAGAGGAGCCCAGGAUCGAACUGCUGACGUUCUGGUUGUUUGUCAACUACCGUUUCCAAGAUUGCUUCUUUCGAUCUCACCAGCUGAAUGUGCUGUUUCAGGUUCAGAGCAAGUGGUCACCGGUCGUGACAGCACCCAUGCGCUUAUAUUUUGCAGUUUACUUUUGACUUCUAUUCAAAUGGAUUUAUUUUUGCAGCCGCUUGUGGCUAUUGAGUAUAUUGCUACUUCCGGAUUGGCUUCAGGAAAUAAACUGGAAGACUAUCUGUCCAACUUAAGGACACAGAAGAUACGAGUUGUAUUACACAGGUCUGGAGCGAUGCUCAAGAAAGCUAAUGUCUGUUGCAAAAGCUGAGUUUUCUGUGGGAUCAGAGAGUUGUUAUAAAUCAUUGAUUGAGGACUCACAGCUUGAAAGACAGACAGACCAAUGGUUCAGUAAUAGAUGAGCUCUCCUCUGCAGCAGCCAUGCACACUGAUCCUCACAGACCUAUCAGCCAUUGUUGGAGAAGUUGAUAAAGAUGGACAGACAGAAACUGAUUCAAGAAAUCAUCCAAGACCUCAGUCUGCACCAGCUACCUCAUCCCCAAUUCAUCAAAGUGAAGAACAGUCACUCCACCGUCAGCCUCUGUGCCAUUAGGUGACGUGUAACGUUAGCACGACACAUCCUUUUGGUAAUAGAAUAGGUAAAGAUUUAGAGGAACUGUUCUAAUAAUAAACCACAUAAAUAUUUCCUUUGAAGCCUCACAGCAUUAUGUAAAAAAGUUGAAAGAAUGGAGGAAAGAGCACGUUGAUAAAUCAAAUGAGUUCAACUAC